AUGGGGCGAAAAGAGAUGAGGUUCCGUCCAGAGGACCUCCGUCAAAUCCAUUCGAUAGCCGCUGCACAAGAAAUCGCCGUUGUGACAGCCUCGGAUGGGGGCGCUGCAUUGGCCACUUUGACGUACCAACCACCUGCAACGACUACCGUUACGAGCUUCAUCAGCAUUGAAACACUUACUACUGCCAGUGGCGGUCACGAAGCAGGAGAUUUCGUUUACCAUAUUCCGAAAAGCACAGCUGAGCGCAUUGAAGACUUCCUGGGCAUGACAGGUCUUCAGGAAACACAGCAGAUCUGUCAGGGCCAGAGCUUUAAGCGUGCUGACCCUACUGAGGAAUGUAUUGAACGCAUCCUGCACCAUGCCAUGAGUCUUGUUGAUACCGGCCCAGACGACCUCAUGGCAUUGGCGCAGGCAAACGUUCCGAUUGAGCCGGCCGCCGGCCAGGCCAUCGGCUUUCCGAUCCCCAACAUCUAUAUCGGUGAAUCCGUGGCCUUCGUUCGAAUGUAUCGACAAAUGUCUAGUGCUACAGCGACAACCCCUCAGGCAGAUCAGAACUGGGACCCCUCGCUUCUCGCCAGGAGUGCACUUGGUCUUACCAUCGCCGCGCAUGCAGUUAUGUUCACUGGCCAAGCCUUAAUGGAACUAUUCGUUGGCAAAGACGACGUCAUCAAGGACUUCAAAGAAGAAGACUUGGCGUGUCCCAAGGACCUCAUCUGUACAUCCGUCAACUGCCAGGGCCAGAAGGAGGUGAUAAACCCUCUAACCGGAGAAACGAUCUCUAAAACCCCUUCGACGCCAACAUGUCUCACUGUAAAGAACCUCGGAUGCAGAUGCGGAAUCGUCAACUAUCCCUACGUCUGGGAGGUACCACAAGGAUACAUGGAUGCGCAAUAUGAGUGGCUCGAAGAGCUCAUCAAGCGAGCCGACGAGCCUGUGCUUGAAGCUGAAUGCAAGAGCGAUUUGCAAAGGUUUGAUGAAGGAACGUUAGGCCCCCCGAAUCCGGGUUCUUCACAAACCUUUAACCCCAGAUCCAGUUUUGAAGGGUACGCCAUCUCCCAAACUCUAGCUCAGUACAAACUGCUAAGUUUAACGCAGCUGGAUUGA